UUUUCGAGCAUCACCGUAGUACACGUAAACGGCCCCAAACUGAAGCUCCCGAACGUUAUCAGAAUGCGUCGAAACUGGCUUCUGCGCUGCAGCAUCCUGAUCAACGUGGCCGUGCUGCUGUACAUCGGCAGUCAUCUGCUGAUCGGCAGCGGCAACUUUGCCCUCGGCCCGGCCUACAUCAUAUCGGAUGAGGUGCUGAAGCAGCAGCAACCGGAACAGUACAAACAGUAUCUACCCGCCCAGCAGCGAUUGCUCGAGGCGGAACAGGCACUGUUUGAACAGCAACAGCAACAGCAGCAGCAGCAGCAACAGCAACAACAACAACAGCAGCAAGCGCUACAAUCAGCCCAACAAGGACACAGUAGUUUAGUGUUAAAAAUUCAAGAAAAUGGGAUUGGUGUGCAGGAAGUGGUUCAGCAGACGCAACAGCAGCGACAGCUGGUACAGAACAGUGCCACUCAGCAACAGCAGGAACAGCAGCAGCAGCAGUUGAUGCUGGAAGCAAGAGAUGUAGAUAACAGUAAUCUUAAUGUAGACGAUAGUCGUUUCGAUGUGCCAACGGAGAAAAGCACCGUCCGGAAGAUGGUCGGUGGCGAUGUGCUUUACCAGGACGGGCAGCAAUCGGCGGGCGGUGGUCCAGGCGGUGGUAGCGGUGCGACCGGAGUGCUCAACGGUAGCGAUAUCUUUUCCACCACCGCAUCUAUGGAUGUCGAUGCGAAGCUAAGAUCACUGCUCAACUGCCACGACCGUGACUACGAGCCAUACAUCGGACAGCGGGGAGACUUUUGGGUGUUGCGGAACUACAUCCGGGCGGAACACGGUGACCUGCGGUGUCACGAAACAAUCACCUAUACAACGCACGCAGACUACACAUUUCUGGACAAUUUAGUACCACUGCUGGAAAGGUGGAACGCUCCAGUUAGCCUUGCGCUUCACGCCCCCGGGACGGAUUUUGUGCCCACGAUCAAUUCAAUAAAGUAUCUAAGAGACUGCGUACCAGAGAGUCAUUUAGUCCGACAGUUUGUCACAUUUCAUAUUUAUUUUAGUAGUAAACAUAUUCCAAAACUUGUUCCUAAACACAAUCAAGUAUUAGACACGCCGUACAACUGUUCGCUGCCGAUACCAUACUUCAACGUGUCUGCGGCUCAGCUGUACAAAACACAGAAGAAGCUCCUGUAUCCGGUGAACGUCGGCCGAAACGUUGCGCGCGAUGCAGCAAUGACCCAUUUCCUUCUAGCUAGCGAUAUUGAAUUGUAUCCCAAUCCGGGGCUAGUGCAUAAGUUUCUCGAAAUGAUCGCACGGAACGAACCGGUGUUGCAGCGCAAGAAUCCAAGAGUCUUUCCUUUGCCGAUAUUUGAAGUAGAUAAUAAUUCACCGGUGCCACGUGAUAAAGCGGAACUGCAGGAACUGUUGCGCACGGGCAAAGCAAUCCCGUUCCACAAACGCGUCUGCUCCAGCUGCCAUGGUGUACCGAAAUCCAAGGAGUGGAUCGCCGCCAACGAAACCGACGAUUUGGGCGUGUUUCACAUUGGCAAACGAAUCGGUUACUUUGUGCACUGGGAACCGAUAUACAUUGGAACGCAUGCCGAUCCACAUUACGACGAGCGGUUAAGCUGGGAAGGGAAGAGUGAUAAAAUGACACAGGGUUAUGCACUGUGCGUUCUCGAUUACGACUUCCACAUACUAGACAACGGGUUCCUGGUGCACAAACCGGGCAUCAAGGUCCUGAAGAAGGACCCGAAGCGGGCAAUGCUGGCCGCCAAAACGAACCAGCUGAUAAAGAAGAUCAUCUACCCGGAGCUGCAGGUCAUGUACGGAACGCGCAAGGGCUGUGCUGUAUAGUUGAAGGGGAAACAACAUUAGUAUAAGGCCAACGAUGCCGCUGGCAACGAUAGUACUAAUGGUGGUGGUAGUAAUGGUGCUAGUGACGGUGGUGGUGUACGUGGUGGUGGUGGUAAUACUAGGGGUAUUAUUGGUAGACGCUCGCGGACCAUGAUCUCAUCGUCCUUUGGCUCGGCGGCCGGAUGGUCCGCCCUUACCCUAAUGUCCGGUGCACCGGCAGGACCACACCGGGCCCACGUUGGUAAUCGGCGCAAGGUAGGCAAACCGAAGGGUUACAUCCGCCGCCGAAGACGACGCCGAUGAGCGCACGGU